CCAUCUUGAAAAGGCUUUUCAUCUUCGUUCCAUUUUAUUUUUCCAUGUCCGUUUUGGUGUUUAUUUUCACCCUAGCAGACAGUUGUUUUGGAGUAUAGCUGUCCAAAACUAAUUCUUUAGGACGCUGAAAGUGAAAUUCAAAAGAUUGUCUUGUGGUUUCUUUGUCGGGGUGUCAGCCAUUGGUUGGAGCCGGAAAUAAGGCUAAGCAUCAUUUAUCUGUUCAUUUUCUUCCGUUUGUUAUCCCAUGGUGUUACAAGAUGACGCAGGAUUCUAUCAAGGCAUUUGUUCGAGAAAAUUUCGGCAAGGACUACCUCCCAGUCUAUCACGGCCAUACAAACAUUAUCUCGCCACUUGCGCUGAUUGUUAAACGAAAGCGGUCGUUGUGGAAGCGCCCCUUUGGUAAAGGAGAAAUGGUCAUUGUUGGUGGAUUGCACAGAUAUCUUACUGAAGAGAAGGAGAAACACUUUAAAAACUACUGCCGGUCAAAACUUAUGAAAGAAAACAGGAAUUUAGAAAAAACAGAAACGAGUGAUGUCAGCAGGAAUCUUGAUAUCUCGCUUGAAAGCUUGGACGCUGGGGGACUGGAACUAAAGUUAACCGACAUUCUGGGGGACCUGGAGCUUGGCAAGCUUACAGAAGAGUAUUACGUGGACGUAGAUUUGCGCGAAUUGUUGUCACACGCUGUGUUAGAUCCUGAUAAGAUGACACCAUUAGAGGGUCACCAUUUGCGUCUUGUAACAGCUGUGAUGUAUAGCGCCAAGUUUUUUCUUAGAGGCAACCGAAAGCAUCAGGCAACAAUUUCAGGAGAUGUCCACACACCCUCCAAGCUAGCCUGGUUAUUAGGGAAAGAUUCCUUAGUAAAAGGAAGCGUUACAAACCAGUCCUACCUUCCGCCAAUGGUACGAAGGAAGUCUCGGGCGCCUUUUCUCUUUAAAUUUUGUCGCGUAGCCUAUAACAAGGAAGGGAAAAGGUUACAGAUUCAAGAUGGCGUGUUUGUUGGCAAAUCCUUUCGGAGUGGUGGUGGACGCGAAGAUGUCAUAUCAGACGAACAAGCAGCGUUGCAUUUAGAAAUGGAAGAAAGUUUAAGUCCAGGUGGGAUUUUCCUAACAGAGAAAGAUAAUGAAAAAGUAGAAGAUGUCAGAAAACUUCUGAUCACUGCAGAAAAUGGUACUCAGCUGAAAACACAGAUAUUUACGUAUUUAAAUUGGUUUGAACAGAUUUUGACAAGUGACUCAAAGCUGUUACUAUUCGGCAAACCACUAACCAAGGAUGAUUGUGACUUUCUCCAAAAACUUGGAAUUCGAGCCAGGCCAAAGCAGUUGGUCCUGAGAUUAGCUUCAGUGCAGAAAGACGUGAUCCAUGAAUAUGGCUGCCUGUUGAAAUUUAUUAGCGAAGCAUCGAAAGAAAACUGGGAAGAACUUCUUCAAAGCAUGAUGGAUUCAGGGAAAGGCGAGGAAAAGAAUGAAGAUAUGGCUGUAGCAGAACAAUCACUCUAACAUAAAUGAUCCAUAUUUCUUUUUAAACCAUUAACUGAAAGAAGUAAA